AUGUACUUCGAAAUAUUGUGCGGUAUUGUCACUGUAAUUGUGUUAUUGUAUUAUUAUUUUACGUCAAACUACAACUUUUGGAAAUUACAUGGCGUUCGCGGUCCUCAACCAAUUCCGAUAUUCGGUACUUUUAAGGAUGUAAUGCUCGCAAAAAAAUUCCUAGGUGAUUAUUUAAAAGAAGUCUACAAUGACUACAAAGAAGAAGCCAUGAUAGGCAUAUAUCACAAGAAAACACCUAUCCUUAUUUUAAAAGAUCCAGAUUUAAUUAAAGAUGUUCUCAUCAAAGAUUUCUCCGCAUUUUCCGACAGAGGAGCUAAGAACAUUAGCGAAAAGACCGAUCCUUUGUCGCAACAUAUUUUUAAUUUGGACACUAAAAGAUGGCGAAUUAUAAGAACGAGGCUGUCACCUGUUUUUACGACCAGUAAAAUAAGAGAAAUGUUCUUCCUAAUAUCAAAGUGCGCCAAUCAGCUUGACAAAUAUGUCGAAAAAUUAACGAGCAAAGACAAGCUUAUUGAGUGCCGCGAGCUGGCGACCAUGUAUACCACUGAUGUUAUCGGUACCUGCGCUUUCGGUAUCGAAAUGGAUGCUCUGUCGGACGAAGGUAACGAAUUUCGCAGAAUUGGAAAACAGGUAUUCAAUCACACCUGGAAUGUAAUUAUACGGAAUGAAAUAAGACAGUCUAUACCGUGGUUGUACGAUAUUCUCGGUAACUUUUUGCCGCAUUUGGAACAUCACACAUUUUACACACGUCUUACCGUGGAGAACAUGAAUUAUAGAGAAGCGAAUAAUAUCGUCAAGCAUGAUUUCAUUGAUACGCUGCGCGAAUUGAGAAACCACCCGGAUAAAGUCAGAGAUAUCGAUUUGACUGACAGCUUUCUAGCUUCUCAAGCAUACUCAUUUUUUAUUGCCGGCUUUGAAACUUCAGCGUCGACUAUAAGCUAUGCACUUUACGAAUUAGCAUUAAAUCAGCAAAUACAAAACAAAUUACAUGAGGAAAUUAAUCAGGCAUAUCUAAAACAUGGUGACAUCACAUACGAGAAUAUAAAAGAACUGAUUUACUUGGAUAAAGUUGUAAAAGAAACUUUACGAAAACAUACGCCAUCACCACUUCUUAUGAGACAAUCGACUACGAAUUAUAAUUUUAAUGGUACCAAAGUGAGCAUACCAAAAGGUCAAAAAGUAUGGAUCCCGAUUUAUGCGAUUCAACGCGAUCCAAGCAUUUAUCCAGAGCCAGAUGUUUUCGAUCCAGAAAGAUUUAGCGAGGAAGCUGUGCAAACAAGACACGCGAUGUAUUAUCUGCCUUUUGGUGAUGGACCGAGAAAUUGUAUUGGACUUCGCUUCGCAAAUUACCAGACUAAACUUGGGCUGAUAAAAAUAUUACAAAAAUACAAAUUUGAGACUUGCGAGAAGACGGAUAUACCUUACACAAAUAAACCUAACACAAACCUAUUAACGCCAAUAAAUGGAAUAACAUUGAAAAUAAGUAAAAUCGAUUGUGUUUAGUUUGUAGUAUUAUAGUAUAGUAUACGUUAGUUUAUAUUUAACUUUUCCCAAAAAAACAUAUUGUAUCCUUGCAUUAGCGCUAAUUCGUUAAAAUGAUAUUUUCAUUGUCAGUGUAAUAUGUAACAUAAUAAGAAUGUAUAUAUAAAAAAGUAAUAUUUUUCAUAUAGGUUUUCUAUUCACAAGAUUAUGCAUAAUAUCAUGUUGCACAUGUAAUGUAUGUAUAACAAUUCUUUUAGAUUCUAUCUGAU